UUAUUGUGAUCCACUAACUUCACUUUAGAGUUUUGUAAGAGACAGGUGGCCUGUCUCUGACAGUGAUGACAUAAAAAAUGUCUGUUUUAAACAAGACGAAAUAUCAAAACAUGUGUCCAUUUUUUUCAGUUGUAAUUUGAUGAAAUAUACGCGUAUUAUCCAAGGGUUAGAGGUGAUCGCAAAAUUCUUAAGCGGAAGUGGGUUGAGCAAAAAUGAAAGAUGGCUGCCAAUGUGAACGGAGUUACUUUGGCUUCACUAUUUUACCACCACCAAAACAGCCCUAACGAUGAGGAAGGAUUUUUGUUUGGUAAAGUGAUUAAAAGAGUGCAAGACACAAUCAGUGAUACUGAAAUCACUAACAGUCAAGUGGAAACAAUUGUUUAUAUAAUUGAUUUUCAACCAUGGGUUAAAGAUAUUUGCAUCUAUGGUAGCAAUGGUAAAGUAGACCCAGGAAUGUUUGCCUCCGUUUUAAAUGGAAGGGAACAGGAAGUCAUUGGUUGGUAUGGAUGUAGAAGAAAUUCUACCAUGAGGAUUUCUAUGAAAGAAUCUAAUAUACAUCAAAGUUUAAUUUCUACACUAUUACUCGAGCAACCAGAAAAUUUUUUGUUUUUAAUGUCAAGUGCUACAGCAGCAAAUAACUUAUCAACUUUAUCGUAUGAUCAUGCCUUCUACAGAUAUAAAAACAGGCAAUUUGAUCGUAUUCCUGUUACAGUUGUUAACCUUGGCGAUACAACCCACACACAGUAUAAAUCACAAAGUCAACUCAGUGUCAGUGAUAGACCAGAUUCACUUCAAAAUUCAUUGGCAUCAUUUCGAAAUCGAUUUGAAUCUAGUUCUGGUGAUAUGAUGCAGGUCAAGAAUAUACAGGAACUCUCGGACAGUCUACAUAAAAAAUUAAUGUCUAUUUCAAGAUUAGUAACCGAAAGUGAAAGUAGUUUAAGUUCACUAGAAAAAGAGGUGGAAGAUUUAACUUGGCAGUUAGAGGAAGAAACAAGAAAAAAGACUGAAACAGAAAUAUUGCCUUGUGAAAAUGUGCCAUCAUCUGUGGUUGAAUUAGAAUUAUCUGAUACUGAUGCUGAUAGUGAACUUGAUAUUAGUCCUAAAAAACAAACUUUCGUUAAAAAUACACAGCAACAGACAUCAUUGAGUAAGUCAAUUCCGAUGGAUAUUGUAUCUAAUGCCUACUCCAUCAAAUUACACGAAUUGGAUAAUCAAGUGUUAGAUUUAGAUAAACCCCACAACAGCAAGGAUUCCAAAUCCAUCUCUAAUUCAUCAUUUGAUGAUACUUGGUUGGACAUAAGUAUACAUACUAAUACAACCACAGCAACUUUACCUACAAGUAACACAGAAAUUAAAGCAGUUGAAGCCAUUUCUAGUGAGCAGUCAAAAACAUCAGGUACUGAUGUAAAAACAAUAACAAAUCGCACACGGGCAUCAAAAACAAAACCGACAAACACAAGUCAAAGUAAAGACCCAUUCUCUUUUGUCAGUACAAUAAUGGACAAAGAAAUAAAAAACCCAGAUUCUGAGGGAAGUGACCAAAGUGGACCAAUCAAAUCAACUAGGGCACCAACUGUUCACAAGGAUUCAUCAUUGAAAAAUGAAGGUCUUACAACAGUGUCAUCACUUAAACUGAAAGAAGGGAGAAGGGCUGGAUCUGCAGAAAGACAAACGAGACAAGUAAAGGGAGCAAAGAGUGGUAUCAGUAGUACUGAGAUUAAAAAGGACACACAGACAGAUGCGAAAAUAGCACAGGCUAAAACUCAAAGAGCAAAAAUGCGUACUGAAAAGGCUCAAUCGCGGCGUUCACUCUCAAGAGAGAGUACCGGUAAACAAGAAAGUGUGCCUUGUGAACAAAACAAAAAGAGUAAAUUAAAAACUGGAAAUGAAAUUAAACCGAACACAACUACCGGUACUUGUAAAACAGAUAAUGUGAGAGAAACCAGAAACAAAGGAUUAAAAACAAAGUGCCAAACACAAAAUGUUAGUUCAAAUGGAGAUGCAACAUCAAGUGAUAAAACAGACUCAAUUAUUAUUGACGAUGAUAUACAGCCAUCAUCAUCGCCUAUAUUUUAAUAAAUUCUUUUGUUUUAUUUUAUUGUUAUUUUUAAACAUUAUAUAUACCAUUUGUUAGUCCAUUUUACUUAGCAUAAAACAGCUAUUUAAUCGACAGUACUUAAAGUAUUACUUCAUUUAUUUAUUUUGUGAAAAAAUACCUCCAAUAUUACUUGAAGACAUCACAUAAAACAAUAUAAAAACCCACACUUAUUCCUCUCAAAACAGAGGGGCAGUAUUUUUAAAAUUUAUUUUGAUUUAUAUAAAAGCAACAGCACAAAUUUUAUAUGCACAUUAAAGAUAAUUAAACUACUUGUACUCAAUAAAUAAUCCAUAUAGACCCAUCGAUAUAAUCUUUCAUUGAAUGAAAUAUUUUCCCCAAAAAAAUGGCACUAUUACUUUUAGUAAACACAACAGAAUCUGUUGGAAUUUGUUUUGUGUUCAUAUGCAUCUCUCUACAAUAAAAUUUUUGUACACUAGUGGUAAUUUGCUGCUUUGUUUGCAGUUGUUUUUAAAGUUUUAAUCCUGUGUCUGGUGAAAUAUCAACUCCAAUCAAAUGAAUCUAAAUAGGUCCUGUCUUUGUAAAUUUUAAUUUUAGUAUUGUACUUAAAAAAAUGGUUCAAAUAUACAUGUCAUAUGUAGGUAGAUGUUAUUAUGAGCUAUGUUACAGUGAUCUAUAUUAUCAAAUUACCAUUAACUUUUUGAUCAGGUUUAAAUCUAAAAUAUAAGCCACGCUAUUUAUAAUUGUAUAUUUUGAUAGCUAUAUUAUGGGCAAAUAGUUAUGUAUGAGAGUAAUAAAGCUGUACUUAAUAUAUAAAUACCAUUAUUCCAUGAAUAUUCCUUAAAAUAUUGUAUAAAUAACUGAUUUUCUCUGAAGCAGCUAGUGACCAGAUGAGCUGGUUUUUCAAUUUUCUAUUUAUGCGCCCACAAUUCAGUGUGGGCAUAUUAUGUAAUCCCUGUCCGUUGUACCGUCGGUCCUUUGAUACAACCGUCAACAAUUGGAUUGUUUUUUACAUCAUGGAGGCCACAGUUAUUUAACAGGUUUUUUCAAAUUGUUUCAAAGCAAAGAGGUUGAAACCUAUCGAUUUUCGAGACAUAGCGAUAGAGUUGCUUAUUUCCAAACUUUGCUUGGCUAUCUUUAAGUUUGGAUUUUGUGGCAAGAGAAGACUCAUUUUUGCCCUGCUAUAUUAUGUAAUACAAAAUAUAGCAAACUUGUGAUUAAAAUGAGAUUAACCUUUUAGUAUUGCCUACCCUGGUUCCUUGAAGAUAAUUAGAGAAAAUUGAUAUAUUUCAUACAGGUAUAGCCCUGAAUUACCAGUCAUGUCAAUACCUCUCCUUUAGAUUGGAUCGUGUAAUAGAUCUAGGGGCGCCACAGCUAUUCAUGCAACUUUUGGCUACUUGAAGGAUCAUUAGUUUUGGGUUAAAAGUUGUUUUGAAUACUAUUUAAUUAAAACACAUGAAUAAAUAUAGCCUGUGGCAUGCCUUUUUAUACGCUCACAUUUUCAUGUGGACGUAUAUUGUCAUCGCCCCUGUCCAUUCGUCUGUCUGUCCGUCCACAAAUUGUUUGUGGACACUCUACAGGCCACAAUUUUUAUCUCUUUUUGAUGAAACUUUUAAAUUUUUGUUUAUAUCACAAAGAUCUUUAUUCCUUUCGAUAAUCGCGCAUAUCCGAACGUAACUUCCUCGAAUAUGGCCCCCGAUUAUAUAUAUCACCAUUACACCCUAAUAAGUUAUACCCUAAUAACGGUUGAGUUCCAAUUUCGUGAAAAUCGGACCAAAACUGCCCAACAAAAUGGCGGCUCCUUGUACACAAAUAGUGUAAAAGAAUGUCAUACCAAGGUUGUGGAACCCUCUAGAAGUCACAAUUGUUAUCCGAUUUGGAUGAAACUUAAAAUAUAUGUUUAUGUCCCAAAGGUCUUGGUUCCUUUAGCUAUUUGGGCAUAUCAGAUCAUAACUUCCUGGAUUAUGAAAAAUUGUGCUUUUUAGUUGUGGAUUCUCUAGAGGUCACAAUUUUUUAUCCAAUUUUAAAAAAACGUUUUAAAUAUAAUACUGUUCCACCAUAAUGAAGGGGAAAAUCGAAACAAACUGCCCGACAAAAUGUCCGCUCUUUGUACACAAAGUGUGUAAAAGUAUGUAAUACAAAGGUUGUGGACCUUUUAGAGGUCACAAUUUCUAUCCGAUUUUGAUGAAACUUAAAAUAUAUCUUUAUAUCCCCAAGAUCUCUGUCCCUUUCGAUAUUUGUGCAUUUCAGACCAUAACUUUUUGGAUUAUGGCCCCUGAUUGUACGAAAAAUUGCUUUUGAUUUUAGCUUGUGGGCGUAUCUUGCCUGGCAACCCCUGGUUUUGUUUAAAAUUCAUGUUGUUAAAUAACUGUUUGGCCAUAAUAUGUAUUGAAGUACUGAAUGUUGAAGAAAUUAAUUAACAUCCUAUUUGUAGUUUAUAAAAUAGGCUAGAUUUGGUGGGUAAUUUCACACUUAUUGCAACGUUUCCAAUGUUAUAUUUCUCAUACUAGAUAUCUAAGAUACAGAAAAAUCUUAAAACUAAAAUCAAGCAACAACAUUGAAUCAGAUGAAUAGUUGUAUUAUCGUUGUGUUCUAUAUGGUUAUUUACAUAUAUACUGUAACCUUUCAGCUUUUAUUGUCCCCCGCCUUUCAAAAAAAGCAGGGGACUAUUAAAAUGGGUUUGUCUGUCUGUCCGUCACACUUUUUGGGACACAAUAACUCUCUUUUUAAUUGAGCUAGAAUGUUCAAACUUGGUGUACGUGUUUAUUAGGUCAAUGCCUUGAUGGAGUUCGAAGAUGAGCAUUUUCUGUUUAGGGUAAGCAGAGAUAAGAAAUUUGAUUGGUUGAUGCUUUGGGACACGAUAACUUUAGUUCUAAUUAAGUUGGAGUGAGGACACUUGAUGUAUAGUUUUAUUACAUCAAUACCUUGACUAAGUUCGAUAAUAAACAUUUUCUUCUGAGGGUAAGCAGAGCGAUAAGCAAUUUGAUUGGUCGAGACUUUGGAACACAAUAACUCUCCUUCUAAUUGUGGUAGAAUGUUCAAACUUUGUGUAGGCGUUCAUUAGGUGAAUGCCUUGAUAGCAUUUGAUGAUGAACAUUGUCUGCUUACGGUAAGCAGAGGUAAGCAAUUUGAUUGGUUGAUUCUCUGGGGCACGAUAACUUUGGUUAUAAUGAAGUGAGAGCGAUGAAACUCCGAAUAAAGAUUCAUUAUAUCAUUACCUUGACUAAGUUCGAUGGUGAGAAUUUUCUGUUUAGGCUAAGGAGCAAUAAGCAAUUUGAUUGUUCAAGACUUUGGAACAUAAUAACUCUGCUUUUAAUUGAGGUAGAAUGUUUAAACUUGAUGUAGAUGUUCAUUAGGUGAAUGUCUUGACUGAGUUCAAUGAUUAGCAUUUCGAGCUGAAGCUAAGCAGAGCUAAUCAAUUUUAUUGGUCGAUGCUUUGGGACAAGAUAAUCUUGAUUCUAUCUGAUAGAGAGUGAUGAAAUUUAGUGUAUGGUUUGAUUGCUUGAUACUUUUGAAAAAAAUAAAUGUUCGAUUAAUUAAUAUGUGUCAUCGAUUUAUUUUGGGAUUUUGGUGGGGGACAUCAGCCUCACUGUUGGCUUGUUUUGUUGAGCAGAUAAUUGAAAUAUAGUUUUUUAUAUUUGUAUAUUCAAAAUCAUUGCCGUUUUCAAAAUUGCAUAGGCUUUUGUCUUGCGAGGAAUUGACGGUGAGUUUCACAUUUGUGGCCCAUGAAAUGCAAUAAUGAUUCAUAUUUAACAUUUGAUCAUAUUAAUUUUUAUGAGUAAAAUAGGUAUUAUUCUGUUUAAUAGAAGUACCAAGGCCCUCUAUGGUAUACAUGGAAUAUUUUAGCCACCUGUUUAAAGUGGGAUAAUAACAAGGUAUUUUAGAUGAUUAAUUUUGUUAAUUCUGUAUAAAUUUUGAUUUGCUUGUUAAUUUUUUUUUACUGUAUUAUUGUAUAAUUAAAAUAGAAAUUUUCUG